GGCAUGGGAGCCAUCUUCGAACAGUUGAGGACGCUAUGGCAGUCUGCGUUUGGUUACUUUUGGUCCUGACACUGAGCGCCGCACUGGAUAGCGGCAGCAGCUACUCGAACAACAGCAGCAAACUGUUGGCAGUGCUGAAUGCAUCUGCUCCUGCAAGCGAAGUGCUCUUCCACAUCGAUGUGUGGACUGGCGAAGCGGACGUGGCAGGAGCAUUGAGAGGUCCCGCUGCCAGCAACCUAGAGUCCGUAAUCCGCUCUGAGGUGAGCGGCGACUGGAAGCGUGGACAGGUGGUGCUUCUAUUAGCGAAUCAAGCGCGAACGCCGGAGCUGAAGCGAGCCAUUUAUACUGGACUCUGGAAGGAGUUGAAGCAGACCAAACAGAUCUACGAUCCGCUCAAGAUCUUGGACUUUUACGAUCAACUCGCGCUCAAUUCGGAUGUUCCGCCAGCACUGCUGGAGCUGGUCCAUCGGGCAUUUAUCUCACGCAGCGCGCAGCUGAUGGAAGCUCCUUUCCACACGAACAGUCGCACGGCAACAUUCCCGCUGGUCGAUUCGCUGCUGCAUCGCUUGACUUUCAGCGCCUUAGACUAUCUGCGUGAUAUACUGGCGGCGCUCUACGAUGCGGUGCUGGCCCUGGAGACGCCUUUGAGUGUGGUCGAGCGUCUGGGCAACUUUACGGGCAGCCUCACGCAGCUGGCUUUGGCCAACCUCCAGUUGCUGCAGCGUGAAGAGCUCACGAGGGAGGAUGCCCAAGCAGAAGUCUUGGAUCUGGCCAUGCAGGACAAUCUGCGACGGCUGCUGGAGCAGCCCAACUUUGAGCAGGAAGUGGACGCGUCGCUGCGACAGCAGAUCUAUGCGCAGCUUCCAAUGGAUGAGCAGCUGCUGUACACCGCGCGCAAGGUGUGCAUCCGCAACGUGACGGACAGCAAUGCCUACAUCUACGAGUGCCCGCAAACGUAUCUGAUCUGCAGCAAUGCGCGGGAUCCCAAGAAGGCGGCGUACUACGUGCAGCGUGGCCACAGCCUCAACGACAGUCGACCACAGUUUGCUUUCUACAGCGCCUUCUGGCGUAAUCGAUACAUCCUGAUGGAGCCAUCACCGCUGGCAGCCAGCAAUGCAACGAAUGCGAUUACCAAGAACGUCUACAGCCGGGCCAACAUCAGCUGGUGGCGUGUGGUUUAUCGCAAUGGUGGAGUUUCCUUCUACGAUGCAGCAACCGAAAACUCCGUGCUGUGCGGCGGUGAUCCCAUCCACUUUGAUGGCUUGGAGCGGCACGUCUACACACGCAAGGCAUCGGAGUUUGCAGCCCAUCGAGCGGAGUGCACCUGGAGCGUCGAGGAUUGCAGCGAUGCCGCCUAGCUGUAGAUAGAGAGGGAGAAAUCACACCCUCAAUAAUUAUUUCUAUGUUUAUUUGUCAAUAAAAAGGCACAGGAAAAUGUAA